CUGGGCGCAUUCCCCUCUCUUCAAAACACCACUCGACUCUUUUUUCAAGGCAGACCUCGUUUCAGUGGUCAUACAAGCGAUCUUAUCAAAAUGGCGAAAAGUGUCCGCGCGAGCGUUUCCAAGCGCAACAGAGCCGCCCUCCGCAAGAAGGUGUUCGGCCCCAUUGUCGAUGCCCGCACUGAGCGUCUGUCUGCAAAGCUGCAAGAACUCGCCUCUCAGCCCAAGCCCGAGGCUCCCGAGAAGGCGACUAUGGACAUAGAGACUGAUGAGACUGCCGAUCAAAAUGAAGAUGCUGGUAAGGCUACUGCUGCCGACGAGGCCAUGGAUAUCGACAACAAGUCCUCCAAGACCCGAUCCUCAAAGUCCGGGCGGAUCCAGAAGCAGCAUCGCAAUCGCCGGACCCGUCCCUCCAUCGUCUUCCAGAAGCCCGGAUCCAACAACAAGAAGGGUGGCCCGAAGAAGAAAUAAAAAAGUCAGAGACGAUGAUAUUUGACGAUACAGUGCGGUGGGAUGAGGGGAUGCAAGUCUAUCCGCGGCGUUGGGAGUCCCUUGGGCAUAUAUGUUUCUUAAUUGAUUACGACCUUGGUCAAUUGCAUCUGUAGAUACGCUACGAUCCCUUUCCGACAACACACUAGAAGAGAUUGUAAAAAAUAUAGCGGUUCCAUUGAAGGCAGAUGCAAAUAGUCAUAGAUCCACCACGAUGAUUAACCAAAGC